UGGACUUUGAGAUCAUUACUUUCUGGUUUGCUAUAUAAGCUACAGAACCUCACCAGCUGAACACAAGUGCUGCCAAGUGAACUUGCAGAUACACUCGCAAACUCAGGUCUAAGAACCAUGAAGGUCCUUGUUGUGCUUGUUCUAGCCGUUUUCAGUGGCUGUCAUGCCAACCUUUUCUAUGCUGAUGCACCGAAGCCACAGCUGGAAGUGCUGACUGAUGCAUUUUGGGACUAUGUUGCCAAAGCCACACAGACAGCUGAUGACACAGUCCAGUUGAUCAGGAAGUCUCAGUUUGGACAGGAUGUCAGUGCCCGUCUGACAGAGAGUGCUGACAUGGCCAGCACGUAUGCAGUCACCCUCCAGGAGCAGCUUCCCCCUGCAGCCCAGGACCUGAUCACCAAAGUCACCACAGAGGCUGACGUGCUGAGAGAGCGUGUGACCCAGGAACUGAGCACUGUCAGGGAGAGGCUGGAGCCCUACACAGAGGACAUGAAGGCCCAGAUCCAGCAGAGAGUGGAGCAGCUCAAACAGGAGCUGGCACCCUACGCAGAAUCCCUGGACUCUGAGGCCCUGAGGACCACCCUGAUGCAGAAGAGCGAGGAGCUGAAGACCAGCCUGGAGCAGAGUAUGAAGGAUCUGCAGACUCAGCUGGGGCCCUACACUGAUGACCUGAAGCAGAAGGUGGACCAGCACCUGCAGGACUUCAAGGAGAGGGUGGCGCCUGUGACCGAGAAGGUCCAGAGUGAGCUGGCUCAGAGAGCCCAGCAGGUGAAAGAAAUGGCCGCCCCCUACGUUGAUGAGCUGAGGGAAAAGCUGGACCCCUAUGCCCAGGACCUCCAGGCUCGUCUCACCUCCCUCUACGAGUCCUUUGUCAAAACCAACUAAAUCAACUUCCACCUCACGUUAAACAGAAAGAAACUGCAUCCAAAGAAACACAAUUAUCUGAUCCCAGGAACACGUCCAUGUUAAUAACAAUAUGACAACACAAGCUCACUGGGUUUGAAAUUUGAAGAUAUCUUUAGAUAUAUUUAAAGUAUUAAAUAAUAAAUAAUAAAUAUUGGGUGUUGGUCUGUGACCUCACACUGUGUUCUCUUCCUAUAUUAUGGAAAUAAAGUAAAAGCAAAACAUAAA